AUGGGGGAGCCGACGGGAGGAUUAGAUCAGAUGUUAUUGCCGGGCACCUUCUCGCUCAUCAUUGAGGCUCUGCAUACGGACUCUCCUGACGACCUCACCACAGAAAACCCCGAGCGCCUCAUCAGCCGCCUGGCCACCCAGAGGCACUUGGCGGUGGGUGAAGAGUGGUCCCAGGACCUGCACAGCAGCGGCCGCACUGACCUCAAGUACUCCUAUCGCUUCGUGUGUGAUGAGCACUACUAUGGAGAAGGCUGCUCUGUCUUCUGCCGUCCCCGGGACGAUGCCUUUGGUCACUUCACUUGCGGAGAGCGCGGCGAGAAAGUCUGCAACCCGGGCUGGAAAGGCCAGUACUGCACUGAGCCGAUUUGUUUGCCUGGAUGCGAUGAGCAACACGGCUUUUGCGACAAACCUGGGGAAUGCAAAUGCAGAGUGGGUUGGCAGGGGCGAUAUUGCGAUGAGUGCAUCCGAUACCCAGGCUGCCUUCAUGGUACCUGUCAGCAGCCGUGGCAGUGCAACUGCCAGGAAGGAUGGGGUGGCCUUUUCUGCAACCAAGACCUGAACUACUGCACCCACCACAAGCCCUGCAAGAACGGUGCCACGUGCACCAACACUGGUCAGGGGAGCUACACUUGUUCUUGCCGACCCGGGUACACAGGCUCCAACUGUGAGAUUGAAAUCAAUGAGUGCGACGCCAACCCUUGCAAGAAUGGUGGAAGCUGCAAUGAUCUUGAGAACAGCUAUUCCUGCACCUGCCCCCCAGGCUUCUAUGGUAAAAACUGUGAGCUGAGCGCAAUGACCUGCGCUGACGGGCCAUGCUUCAACGGUGGGCGAUGCACCGACAACCCCGAUGGGGGAUACAGCUGCCGCUGCCCACUGGGUUAUUCUGGGUUCAACUGUGAAAAGAAAAUUGAUUACUGCAGUUCCAGCCCUUGUGCUAAUGGAGCCCAGUGCGUCGAUCUGGGGAACUCCUACAUAUGCCAGUGCCAGGCUGGCUUCACUGGGAGGCACUGCGAUGACAACGUGGAUGACUGCGCCUCCUUUCCCUGCGUCAAUGGAGGGACCUGCCAGGAUGGCGUCAAUGACUAUUCCUGCACCUGCCCCCCGGGAUACAACGGGAAGAACUGCAGCACCCCGGUGAGCAGAUGCGAACACAACCCCUGCCACAACGGGGCCACCUGCCACGAAAGAAACAACCGCUACGUUGAGUACACGGAAGGCCAGAAUGCCCAGUUCCCCUGGAUCGCCGUCUGCGCCGGGAUUAUUCUGGUCCUCAUGCUGCUGCUGGGGUGCGCUGCCGUGGUCGUCUGCGUCAGGCUCAGAGUGCAGAAGAGGCACCACCAGCCUGACGCCUGCAGGAGCGAGACCGAGACCAUGAACAACCUGGCGAACUGCCAGCGCGAGAAGGACAUUUCCAUAAGUGUCAUUGGUGCCACUCAGAUUAAAAACACGAAUAAGAAAGUAGACUUUCACAGUGACAACUCCGAUAAAAAUGGCUACAAAGUCAGAUACCCGUCAGUGGAUUACAAUUUGGUGCACGAACUCAAGAAUGAGGACUCUGUUAAAGAGGAGCACAGCAAAUGUGAAGCCAAGUGUGAAACGUAUGAUUCGGAGGCAGAGGAGAAAAGUGCAGUACAGCUAAAGAGUAGCGAUACUUCUGAAAGAAAACGGCCAGAUUCAGUAUAUUCCACUUCAAAGGACACAAAGUACCAGUCGGUGUAUGUCAUAUCAGAAGAGAAAGACGAGUGCAUCAUAGCAACUGAGGUUAGUAUACUGCCGGGCAGCUGGAACAGCAGAGAAAGGUCUCGGUGCGCAACCCUCAUCUCACACGCGUCAGGGCGGCUAAACUCUUUUCCGUGGUGCCACAGGGAUUUGUACCUGUUGAAAUCCAGCCAGCUCAACUUUGUCGUGCUGCGGAUGUUGUAA